AUGCCGGCCAGCCGCGCCGCACGCACCUGUGCGCUGCUCGCCCUUUGCCUCCUGGGCAGCACGGCCCAGGAUUUCGGGCCGACGCGCUUCAUCUGCACCUCGGUGCCCGUGGACGCCGACAUGUGCGCCGCGUCGGUGGCCACCGGCGGGGCCGGGGAGACCCGGAGCGUGCUGCAGCUCCGCGAGACCGUGCUGCAGCAGAAAGAGACCAUCCUGAGCCAGAAGGAGACCAUCCGCGAGCUGACCACCAAGCUGGGCCGCUGCGAGAGCCAGAGCACACUGGACUCAGGCGCGGGCGAGGCCAGGACCAGCGGCGGCCGCAAGCAGCCCGGCUCGGGCAAGAACACCAUGGGCGACCUGUCCCGGACACCGGCCGCCGAGACGCUCAGCCAACUCGGGCAAACUUUGCAGUCGCUCAAAACCCGCCUGGAGAACCUCGAGCAAUACAGUCGCCUCAAUUCCUCCAGCCAGACCAACAGCCUCAAGGAUCUGCUGCAGAGCAAGAUCGAUGAGCUGGAAAGGCAGGUGCUGUCUCGGGUGAACACUCUGGAGGAGGGCAAGGGCGGCCCUAGGAACGACACGGAGGAGAGGGCGAAGAUGGAGAGUGCUCUGACUUCCCUGCACCAGAGGAUCAGCGAGCUGGAGAAAGGUCAGAAAGACAACCGCCCCGGGGACAAGUUCCAGCUCACGUUCCCGCUGCGCACCAACUACAUGUACGCCAAGGUGAAGCGGAGCCUGCCUGAGAUGUACGCCUUCACCGUGUGCAUGUGGCUCAAGUCGAGUGCCGCGCCCGGCGUGGGCACGCCCUUCUCCUACGCCGUGCCCGGCCAGGCCAACGAGCUGGUCCUCAUCGAGUGGGGCAACAACCCCAUGGAGAUCCUCAUCAACGACAAGGUGGCCAAGCUGCCCUUUGUAAUCAACGACGGGAAAUGGCACCACAUCUGUGUCGCCUGGACCACCCGGGACGGGGUCUGGGAAGCCUACCAGGACGGCACCCAGGGUGGCAGUGGCGAGAACCUGGCGCCCUACCACCCCAUCAAGCCGCAGGGUGUACUGGUGCUGGGCCAGGAGCAGGACACUCUGGGCGGCGGGUUCGAUGCCACCCAAGCGUUUGUGGGCGAGCUGGCGCAUUUCAACAUCUGGGACCGCAAGCUGACGCCCGGGGAGGUGUACAACCUGGCCACCUGCAGCACCAAGGCCCUCUCUGGCAACGUCAUCGCCUGGGCCGAGAAUCACAUCGAGAUCUACGGGGGGGCCACCAAGUGGACAUUCGAGGCCUGUCGCCAGAUCAACUGACAGGUGGGCCCGGCCGUGCCCCGGCCUGGCCUGCGGCCUCGCUUGCACAGUGAUGACCCGUUGUCUCCUCUCGCCCUCCCCCAGGAAUGAGCCACGGCCACCCCUGCACACGCA